UGAAUAGAACCAUCAAUGACACAGUUUCCAAGAUGGCUCUGGAGUCUGGCUAAAACUGGACUGGUUUGCUGUGAGCAGUUUCCAUAUGCAGAGGAGGGUAUAUAUGCACACGCCCAGCUGCUUCUUGGCUAUUUCUGUGCAGAUCUGCUCAGCAGAAUUCUCCAGAAUAUUUCACUGCCUGUGUUCAUUUGCUGCUACUGCUGCUGGUAGAAGCCAGGAAGGAUGCCUAGCUUGGCAGAAGUCACUAAAAGUACUUGUGAGAUGAAUUCUCCUGGAGCAGUCCAGGUAACGUCAGAGUAUCUAAGUACCUCAGACACAUGGAGGUGGCACAAAGUGAAGGGUCCAAAAGACUGAGGGAGUCUGGAAAAGGGUUUCUUCUUUCUACUAGCCUGGCCCUUUCAGGGUCACAACAAUGUAGGUCUUCAUGGCUCUCCCCUCCCUGCCCUGGACCUGACUUUCAUGUUUCUUGCACAGAUGCUAACUCUGUCUGCCUCCACUUCACUGUUAAAUCUCUUUUUAAACCUUCACAGCCCUGGUGUGAAGUGCAGAGCUCAAUAAAUAAGACUUUUUUCCUUCAGUAUGGUGACAGUAACAAGGUAAAACCUUUGAGUCUUCUGAGAGUGAAGGUAAAUAGCCCCAAAGCAUGGACAGAAUUGCAUCAAACAGUAGGAGAAACAGGGCAAAACCUCAGGAUGAUCUUGCUUGACAUCAAACUUGAGAAAAACAAGAUCAGGGUAACUAUGAGGCAGGGUGGGGAGACAGUGACAGUCAGGGAGAGGAAGGGGCAGAGCCCAUGUAGACAGGGGGCCCUGAUAUAUUUGUGUAAAAGAGCUGAACAUUGGCCCAAUUUUCCUAAAUAUGCAGAGAAACUUAUGAGAGGAGAUGUAUUUGUCAAGUGUGGAGGGCGAUGGUUUUGUGUGUGGGUUGCAGGUCAUGUCACUUUACAGGUCCAGAUUUUUUGUCAGCAUGAAGAGCAAUCUAUUGCUGCAUCCUUGCAGUUCAGCAUUAAUGGGCAGUUUGAUGUGAGGAAUAUGAACUAUGUGAUUAAUCCUGGAGCCAGAGAGAUCAAGGAGGAGUGGGAGAAUGACCAGGAACUCAUAAAGUAUUUCAGGAAGAUCCCAUAGGAGACGGCAAUCGCUCACUGAAAGACUCCUUACAGCCCUGGAGGAAGACAUGCCAGUGUGAUGACUUUCCUCUGCAGAUGUCAGCAUGUGUGUGUGAUGGAAAAUGUGGUGGGCUGAGUGAUUUCUUCAUGUUACUCCUGGCUGGAGAGUCCAUGAUAGCCACAGGAUUCUUCACCAACUUCUCUCUGCCAUCUAACCUCCCAGUGCUUCUCCUCAGCAAAGAAGCUCCUUUCACCAUUCUCCAAUGAUCCAGUCACUAAUGGCCUCUCACUGGUCCUCAAGACUACCCGCAUCACUGUGAACUUCUAGGCCUUCUCUUCCUCUGUUAUAGUUGCCCCUCAAUCAGCACUUCUUAUGAAGUUGUGAAGUACCGAACUUGAAGAAAUUGUUUUUUAUUGAACAGAAUGGAAUAAAAGCCUAA